UCCAUACAUACGCGAUUUUUCUCAUUUUCACUCUUUCUCUCUUUUCUUUUUUCUAAAACUAAAAUAGAGGUAGAAUAACAUAAACAACUCGCUUGUCUUCUCAUCUGCUACUAGUCAUGUCAAAUGCACUCUUAUUAAGGCUAUUUACCUCCGAGUUUUUUAAUUCUUGGAUAGCAGUCUCUUACUUGUUUCGAUAUUCAGAUAAUGUGGGUAUUCAGCAUUAUUUGUGUACAGAAUUAAAAGGAUUUCCUAUAUCUGAAAUCGAGUUCUUUUUGCCCCAACUCAUUCAUUUAUUAAUUACAAGUCCUUCUGAAUCAGUUGCACUUGAAUGCUUUAUUAUAGAAAUGUGUGAGAAGUCAACCCAUAUUGCAUUAAUGACAUUGUGGUAUUUACAAGCAUAUCUUUCUGAUCUGUCUGUCAAUCCAUCCAGUCCUUCAUUUGAACUAUGUAAGCGACUGUUAAAUAAGUCUCAAGCGAUUGUGUUUGAAGAAGAAAAGAAUGUCAUACAAAAUACACAGAAAGUACGUGAGAAUGCAUUACCUGCUCUUGUGGGUAUGGGUGCCAUGUUGUUGGGUAUUGGACAGCCCUUGUUGACGAAGCCUGCUGGAAGAAUUGCCAUUUCACAAGGCAGAAAGACAUUUAUUCCUUCGGAUAUCUUGUCUGAAGAUCCAAUCUCAAAAACAAACCCAACAACAGACACCAAUCCGGUUAAGCCAGCGUUUGUCUCUACUUCUCAACCCGAUUUAAGCUUAAAGAAAAAGAAUCAUUUCUAUCCAUUCACAAGCUCACCUUCUCUUGAAGAUUUACACCGAGGAAAAGCAUUUUCUGUUUCCAGGUAUAUCAAAACAGCACAGCAUAAACUCAAUAAGAAAAUGAUACAACUCAGUCAAGAAGAUUCACAGAACGAAGCUUCUUCCUCUUCAUUACAAACAAGUUUAGCAAAGAAAAGACUAGCUAACCUAUCUGUGUUUGAUCCCAAAUUGACAGCUUUGGGCCAAUCUUCUGUGCCGACUAAUACAGCACCCUUUUCACCUACUUUAUCAGCAUGUUCUUCUUCUGAAGAAGCUAUUAUAUCCAUGCCAAGGCAACAGCAUCACCCUACCCAACUCUCUACUUCAUUUGAAUCCAUCAGUCAAGAUAGUGAGGACGAUAGUUCUUCCUCAGAACAGGAACAGACAAUAUCCACUCAGCUCAAUUUGUUAAACAUGGACAGUCGCAAAUCACUCUUAAGGAGUAAUUAUUUCCGAUCUGAAAUGCAGUUCUUGCUAGCUUUGGUCGAUAUUGCUACUCGCUUAGUGAUUGUACCUAAAGAAGCACGCAUGAGUGCACUCCAUGCCGAAUUGACCUUACUCAACCACAAUUUGCCGGCUGAAAUAUGCUUACCACUUUGGUGCCCUGCCACAGUAGAGAAACCCUAUCAUCAUCGUGUAGUUCGUAUCAGUCCCUCUGAUGCAGUUGUAUUGAAUUCAGCUGAACGUGCGCCUUAUCUGUUGAUGCUGGAAGUCUUGGACGAUGAAAUGACCCUUGAAGAUGACGCACUCUAUCGUCUCAAGAAGCAACAGCUUAAAAAGAAAAAGAAGAAACCAAAGCAAAAGACGCCUGUUGAAUCUGUAUCCUCAGCAGAUAUAGGAGAGUGUCUAGAGACUAAACAAGAUACGCCAAAGGUAGAAGAGAUUCAGCCACGUAAAUUACAUGGACAAGAUACAUAUGCCGAAGGAAUGAGAACAGCAGCAGUCAUGUUGGCUCAAUUACAAUCACCUACAGCAAAUAAUAAGAGUACAGACCAGAUCCGACAACGAAUCAUUAAAGAAAUGGUUUGUUUAGAAGAACAACGUAUGAAGAAAAUGAAGAAAGAAGGUGUUAGUAGUGGUGUAGGCGGAACUGGGGGAGAAGGUGCAGGUAGUGACAUGUUAGAAGACGAGCAACGCAUUGCUUCAGUUAUCAACAAAGAAGAUCCCAGUGCUGCUGUAUUGUCCGAAGAUUGGGAAACAAAGAAAGCGAGAUUACGUGCUGCUUCUCCUUAUGGCCAUUUACCUAAUUGGCGAUUGAUCUCAGUUAUUGUCAAGAAUGGUGCUGAUCUAAGACAAGAACAGUUUGCGAUACAAUUAAUUCGAGAAAUGCAACGUAUUUGGGAAGACACAGGCGUAGAUGUUUGGGUGAAAUAUUAUCGAGUGCUAGUAACUUCAGAUGGAUCUGGUCUAAUAGAGACACUCAAGAAUACCAUUUCAAUUCAUUCUAUCAAAAAGGAUGCUUAUACCAGAGGAUGGAAUCAAAAGGGAGCUGUAUUUACACUUUAUGAUUAUUUUGAAAAGUUGUAUGGUUCAUCAGAUUCAGACGAAUUCAUUAAGGCACAAGAUGCAUUUAUGCGAAGCCUUGCUGGCUAUUCCAUUGCUUGUUAUGUUCUUCAGAUUAAAGAUAGACACAAUGGCAACUUGCUGAUUGAUGAUGCAGGUCACUUAAUCCAUAUUGAUUUUGGGUUUAUGCUAUCCAACUCACCUGGUUCUGUGGGAUUUGAAAUGGCACCUUUCAAAUUAUCACAAGAAUACAUUGAUAUUCUAGGUGGUGUUCAUGGUGAGAAAUUUGCAGAGUACAAGGCAUUGAUGAAAGCAGCAUUUUUGGCAGUUAGAAAGCACAGCGAGAAUAUCUUGCUGUUGACAGAAAUGAUGUCUAAAGAUUCCAAACUGCCUUGCUUUCAAAAUGGUGACUUGACAGUAGCUCAACUCAGAGAUCGGUUUCAAUUACAUCUGACUGAACCGCAAGCAGAAGAGUUUGUGGACAAAUUGAUCAUGAGUAGUUGUUGUAACAUGUUUACAAGACUCUAUGAUACGUUUCAAUAUUAUUCUCAAGGCAUUUUGUAGAUUUUAGAUUUAUAUUAUUAUUAUUAUUAUUAUUAUUACUAUUAUGAUUAAUACCCUCUCUCUUUUUUUUGCUCAAUGAAAUACACUAUGUAAUGGAAC